AUGACUCCAUAUGACUACCAAACUCAGCCAUUUGCGAAGGUUCUGGAUCUACUUUUAAGAGCACUAGGUGACACCAAGGGAACUGUAUAUAAACUGGAUCAAAAGUUUGAUAUUCAAACUUAUGCACAGGUUAUGGUUACUUAUGUUGAAAAUAGAAAACCCAGUCGUGUACUUUCAAUAUUAAAUCUAUUCAAGUCCAAAAGUAUAGAUUUUUCAAAGUAUUAUUUUUCAAAAAUAUCCUUUAAAUUCCUUCAUUGGUUUGUCGCACAGGCAGAGAACAUUAAAUUAGAAAUCCCACCAAAAAUUAGAGUCACAUCACAAAUUGAUAAAGGCAAAUCAACAGAAUUUACAAUCUAUUCAGAUCAAUUGCUAUACUCAUAUAUAUUCAAUGAGCGAUAUGAAGAUGCCAUCAAAUACCUCUGCAAAAACUCAAAUUAUUUUUCAGACUAUUCAAGAGAAACCCCAUUUAUACAUUGUUUUUUUAAAAAAGUUUUGGAAUACUAUUUAAAGAUAAAAAAAGAAAGUCCAGAUUCAAUUUUAGAGCACCACAGCCAAGCCCAAAUCCUAAAAAGUUAUAUUACAGGGUUUUUAAUACGUUCAUCAAUAAUCGGGGAUUUUAAAAUAUUUAAAGAAUUAAAUUUUGAUGACCUAAUCUACGGUGUCAACCCAGUUUUAUCAUCAUCAACCCUAACCACCAUUUUAUUUAAUGCUUUAAACUCCAAUAUGGAUAUAAUGGGGCAUAUCUUAAAAUAUACUUCAUACCCGCUCAAAAAAGACGAUUUUAAAAUAAUGUUAAAGGAAGACUCAUUAGCUUUUAAAAAACUUCAACGAUUAUUUAAAUAA